AUGGUGGCCACCAUGCAGAAGGAGGCUGCAGAAGAUGUCAAUGUUACUUUUGAAGCUCAGCAAAAGAUAAACAAAUUUGCGCGGAAUACAAGUAGAAUCACAGAGCUAAAGGAAUAAAUAGGUAAGAAAGAACUCCAGAAUUUAGAGGAUGCUUGUGUUGACAUCAUGCUCACAGAUGAGGACAGCGUAAUGAUGCCUUACCAGAUUGGCGACGUUUUCAUUAGCCAUUCUCAAGACAUGUUAGAAGCAAAGAAAAAUUUACAACAGGAAACUGAUGCCUCAGAAUCCAGAGUAGAAUCAAUUCAGUGGGUGUCAGCAGAUUUGAAAGUUCAUUUAUAUGCAAAAUUUGGCAGCAACAUAAACCUUGACGCUGAUGAAAGUUAA